AUGUGCGUCAUUGACCUCAAUGUGGCUCGUUUCGCUGUGUACUGGACUCCUUUGGAUACCUCUACACGCCCCGAAAACACUGCACCGAACCGUUUGCAAAUCGGUCAACUUGUUGUAGAGGACCUCAAUGUGGCUCGUUUCGCUGCAUGCUGGAGUCGUUUGGAUACCUCUACACACCUCGAAAACACUCCAACAAACCGUUUGCAAAUCGGUCAACUUGUUAUAGAGGACUUCAAUGUGGCUCGUUGCUCUGCAUGCUAG